CCAAAAUAUCCACCACUUCGGAUCUGCCUUCGUCUCCCCCAAUUCUCCAAACCCUAAUUUCCCAGGUUUGUUCUUUCUUUUUAAUUCUCUACUUCUAAGCCCUAAUUUUGUUCCAAUUCAACCUCUUUAUCAUGUAAAGUUCUCGCCUUUAUGCACAUAAACACAUCUUUAUUGCAUCUUUUUGUUUGAUUUGGGUCUGUACUAGUCGUAUCUGAUUGGAGGGAUUCUAGGGCUUGUUUGUUUUUUGUUGAAUUGUUUACAUGUAUGAAUGGCUACAAUUGAAUUUCAAGAAAAAAAAAGGUGGGGUGAUUUGAGUAAGGUUUAUACGAGGAAGAAACAUAAUAAACGUUUCAAGAAUUGCGAUACGGGUGCUGUUGAGCCUGCUACUUCUUCUGCCACACCCGUAAACGAGGCGGUUUCUACUGAGACUAUCACUGAUAUUACUAAUAAUCAAGAAAAGGUUGGUGUUGAGAAAGGGGGUGAUAGUGUUCAAGAACGGCCGCUGGAAUUGGAUUUAGCUGAGAAAGAUGGUAAUUCGACGAGUCAGGUGGAAGAGGUGCCGAAGAAUUUGUCGCCGUUGAAUGGGGUGUCAGAUGGGUUGUCGAAUGAGAAUCAGCCACAAGAGGGGGAUAAUUCGACGAAUAAGUUGCAAGAGGUGCCAAAUGGGAACGCCGUGAUUAAUCCGGUUGUGGUUAGGGUUGAUGAUCGGGUUAGGAUUAAUUUCGCGGCCACUAAUUCGAGAGAUGAGAUUUGGGAGCUGAGGAGGAAAUUACUUAAUGAGCUUGAUCAGGUUCGGUCUAUGUCUAAACAGCUUCAAGCUAAGGAGGUUGAGCUUAGCGGCGUUUGUUCUAAUACUGCUGCUGCUCCUGUUGGUGCUGCUGCCUAUAGUCUGUCUCAGCAUUCAGAGAACAAUGAGAGGAGGGAAGUAGUUAAAGUGAAUUCUGAGGUGGUUUCAGUGCGUAAUCUCAAGUUGAAGCCUUUUCGUGCUGUAAGCAAUUCAGUAAUGGAGAAUAAUGGUUUUGCUUCUGUAAGGGAGAAUGACAAUUUAGUGGAUGGAAGUCAGUUAAUGAGAGUGAAUUCUGAGUUGGAUUCUGUUGUGACUGUUCAGGAAUACAGGCCUUUCCGGCAAUUAAAUGUUUCAGUGCCGGAGAACAUUAAUAAUAGUCACGCUUUCCGGCAUUUAAAUGUAUCUGUGCCACAGAACAACAACCAUAGUCACGGGUUCAGUGAAUAUAUUGAGAAAGAGAAGAGGACGCCAAAAGCUAAUCAGUAUUAUCGGAAUUCUGAUUUUCUCCUUGCAAAAGACAGAUUGCCUCCUGAAACGAACAAAAAGGUGAAAUCUAAUGGUCGUAGAAAACAUGGACAACUGGAUUAUGCAUCCAGUAUAGAUAGAUUUUGGAAUCAGGCCUUCAAGAGUUGUAGAGAAUUGUUGCAAAGGUUGAUGAAGCACAAACAUGGUUGGGUUUUUAAUGAACCUGUCAAUGCCAGGGCGCUUGGGCUACAUGAUUAUCAUGAUAUUAUCAAACAUCCAAUGGAUUUGGGGACCAUUAAGAGUAAGCUAGCACACUACUUAUACAAGUCCCCGAGGGAAUUUGCUGAUGAUGUAAGGCUCACAUUUCGUAAUGCCAAGACAUAUAAUCCUAUGGGACAUGAUGUUCACAUAAUGGCAGAUCAAUUAUCUACAAUUUUUGAAGAUAGAUGGGCUGUUAUAGAGGCCAAGUAUAAUCCCGAGUUGAUCUUUGACAUGAAUCAUUAUGGUGGGCUGCCUACUCCCAUGUCAAGAAAGGUGGUCCCAACUCCUCCCUCUUCACAACCUAUCUUUCCGGAGAGGGAUUUGGAUAGAUCUGAGUACAUGCCAGAACCUGUUGAAUUUAGACCUAAGCCAUUUGUUGUUCCUUCUGUUAAGACCCCUGUUCCUAAGAAGCCUAAAGCUAAGGAUCUGAAUAAGAGGGACAUGACAUUUGACGAGAAGCGGAAACUUAGCGUAAACCUUGAAAGCUUACCUGUGGAAAAGCUUGAAAGCGUUGUUCAAAUAAUCAAGAAGAGAAAUUCUGUACUCAAACAACAAGAUGAUGAAAUUGAAUUAGAUAUUGACAGUUUUGAUGCAGAAACACUUUGGGAACUUGAUAGGUUUGUUACAAAUUACAAGAAGAGUUUGAGCAAGUACAGGAGAAGAGCCGAGCUUGCUCAAGCAAGAGCAGAGGCUCAAAAAAGUAUUCAUGCGCCUAACCUAGACCCGGCAUUUACAGUUGCAGCUGAAGAAAGUAAAGCAGCAGGUGAUACGAGAGUUGCUACCAAAUCUCUUGUCCAAGCAGAAAAACAAGGUGGUGAUGUCUCAAGUAGUUCUAGCAGUUCUACCAGUGACUCUGAUUCUUCUUCAAGUGAUUCAGACAGUGAUAGUUCUUCUGCACAAGGAUCAGAUGGAGACUGAUCAUCUAGGACUAGGCUGGAGUAGAAUAAGGAUUGCCAGGUGCUUAGCAGACUGAAGUGAUUUGUUUAUGGUUGUCACUUAAUCUUUGCAAGUUUUGUCUAUGAAGAGCAUUUAUUCCCUUAUAUUUUGCUCAUGGAGUGUAAAUUCUUGACAAGCUGACUAUGGUCCAUCUUAAGCUUGCUAUUAGAAGCACAAAGACAAUAAUGAAGAUCUGAGCUGGCAAAUUAUAAUGGGUAUGGUAAAUCCCUUAAUUGACUGAUAAGUUGAUCCGAAAUUGAAAUUGACCAAUUCAGAGAAGAUCAAUUUUCAGUGAUGUGAUGAACAGUGUUUUUUAAUUGCUCAAUCAUUAGAACCAUUUCCUGCACAGAUGGCAUAAAAAGAUUGCUAAUAAUAAGAAUUAUUUGAUUGA